GGCGUGGGGGCGUGGCUACGGCGCACGUUUUCCGGGGAGCGUAAGUUCACACUGUGGCAAAGAGAUUCAAACCCCGUUGUGGCGGCUGGGCUUGGUGGCUGGAGUCAGCGCGGCGGUCCUGCGGGUGAGGGUGAACUCUGGGCUGUGCGGUUCCAGAGCUGAGGGCACAGGAAGCGAGGACAAUGGCUAGUGGAAGCCAGGAGGUUGGUGGCAUCCAUUUCCCGUUUCCCUUCCCACCGUAUUCCAUCCAGAAGGACUUCAUGGCAGAGUUGUACCAGGUUUUGGAGGCUGGCAAGAUUGGGAUAUUUGAGAGUCCAACUGGCACGGGCAAGUCCUUAAGUCUUAUUUGUGGGGCCCUUUCCUGGCUCCGUGACUUUGAACAAAGGAAAUUGCAAGCAGAAGGGCGUCUCCUUGAUCCUGGAUCUGGCCCCACGUGUGGUGGGCCUGCCCUGCCCCUGUCUCUGUCAUCUUCCUGCCAAGAGCCCCCUGAUGACACUCCAAGACCUGCUGGAGAACCUGACUGGGUUACUGAUUUUGUGCAGAAGAAAGAACAACGGGAGCUGAUGGAGCGCCUGCGGGAGGAACAGGUAAAAAGGAGGAAGCGAGAAGAGCGUCUGCAGCGGAUCUGCCAGGAUGUGAGGCUCAAGCAUGCAGCCAAGCGUCUGAAACAGGAAGAAGAGGAGACUGAGAGUCUCCUGCGCCUCAGCAAGGAGAUGCUGGCUGGGGGAGCAGGCCCAGAGCAACAGGAACAGAUAGAGGGUGGAGAGGAAGAGCUGGUCCUGGCAGAAUAUGAGAGUGAUGAGGACAGAAGUGCCAAGAGAGUGGAUGAGGAUGAAGAUGACUUGGAGGAAGAACAUGUAACUAAGAUUUAUUACUGUAGUCGGACACACUCACAGCUGGCUCAGUUUGUGCAUGAAGUGAAGAAGAGCCCUUUUGGUAAGGAAAUCCGGCUGGUCGCCCUCGGUUCUCGACAGAACCUUUGUGUGAAUGAAGAUGUGAAAAACCUGGGUUCUGUGCAGCUUAUGAAUGACCGCUGCAUGGAGAUGCAGAGAAGCAAGCACGAGAAGAAGAGAGUUAGGGACGAUAAGUCAAAGAAGAGGAGGCAAGAGACCCAGAUGUCCUGUCCCUUCCACAACCAUGAGCAGAUGCAGCUCCUCCGGGACAAGAUCCUGGUGGAGGUGAAGGAUAUGGAGCAGCUAGUGUCCCUUGGGAAGGAAGCACGGGCCUGCCCCUACUAUGGAAGCCGCUUUGCCAUCCCUGCUGCCCAGUUGGUGGUGCUGCCCUACCCAAUGCUGCUGCAUGCUGCCACCCGACAGGCUGCAGGAAUCAGGCUUCAGGGCCAGGUGGUCAUCAUUGAUGAGGCACACAACCUGAUCGACACCAUCACCAACAUCCAUAGUGCAGAGGUCAGCGGUUCCCAGCUCUGCCAGGCGCAUUCCCAGUUGCUUCAGUACAUGGAACGAUACGGGAAGCGUCUGAAGGCCAAGAACCUGAUGUACAUUAAGCAGAUCCUCUACUUGCUAGAGAAGUUUGUGGCUGUUUUGGGAGGCAACAUUAAGCAAAAUCCGUCUACACAGAGCUUCUCCAAGACAGGAACUGAGUUGAAGAGCAUUAACGACUUCCUCUUUCAGAGCCAGGUGGACAACAUCAAUCUGUUCAAGGUACAGCGGUACUUGGAGAAGAGCAUGAUCAGCAGGAAGCUCUUUGGUUUCACAGAACGUUAUGGAGCUGUCCUUCCGUCCUUUCCAGUUUCCAGGGAGAACCAUAAUCUGGAUGGCUUCCAGCACUUCCUGAAGAGCCUGCAGUCAGGGCCAACUGAGGCUCCUGGAGACUCUGUGGAGGAUGCUCAAUCUGAAACUCCUCGGCCUCAAUCCCCUCUGAUGCACAUUGAAGCCUUCCUUGCAGCUCUCACCACUGCCAACCAGGAUGGCAGGGUCAUCCUGACCCACCAAGGCACCCUUGGUCAGAGCAGCCUCAAAUUCCUGCUCCUGAACCCAGCUGUGCACUUUGCCCAGGUGGUGAAGAAUUGCCGAUCAGUGGUCAUUGCAGGCGGCACCAUGCAGCCGGUGUCUGACUUUCGGGAGCAGCUGCUGGCAUGUGCUGGGGCAGAAGCUGAGCGAGUGGUGGAGUUUUCUUGUGGUCAUGUGAUCCCUCCAGAGAAUAUCUUGCCCCUUAUCAUCUGCAGUGGGCCCUCCAGCCAGCAACUAGAAUUCACUUACCAGAAAAGAGACCUACCUCAGAUGAUGGAUGAGACAGGUCGCAUUCUCUCUAACCUGUGCAACGUGGUCCCUGGAGGGGUAGUGUGUUUCUUCCCGUCCUAUGAAUACCUUCGUCAGAUCCAUGCCCACUGGGACAAGACUGGUCUGCUGGCACGUUUGUCUAUCAAGAAAAAGGUAUUCCAGGAACCCAAGAGAGCAAGCCAGGUGGAGCAGGUGCUGAUGGCAUAUUCCAAAUGCAUUGGGUGCUGCAGUCAGGCGGGUGGUCAUCUGACAGGGGCCUUGCUCUUCUCUGUGGUCGGAGGGAAGAUGAGUGAAGGGAUCAAUUUUUCUGAUGAACUGGGCAGGUGUGUGGUGAUGGUGGGUAUGCCAUACCCCAACAUUAAGUCUCCAGAGCUUCAAGAGAAGAUGGCCUACUUGAAUCAGAUCCUUCCUAGGACACCAGGUGACAUCCCACCAGGGAAGAUGUUGAUGGAGAAUCUGUGCAUGAAGGCUGUCAACCAAUCCAUAGGCAGGGCCAUUAGGCACCAGAGGGAUUUUGCCAGCAUAGUGCUUCUGGAUCAGCGGUAUGCCCGCCCUCCUGUCCUGGCAAAGCUACCAACCUGGAUCCGAGACCGUGUUGAAGUUAAAGCCACGUUUGGCCCUGCCUUUGCUGCUAUGCGGAAGUUUCACCGGGAGAAGACUGGCACUUCCUGAUGGAUGGUCACACCUGCCCCUGGAGUAGGCUUCUCUUUUGUUCUAUCUAGGUGACUUGGCUUUUGUGUUAGGUCUAAGAAAGUGGAAGUCAUACCAGACAGUGAGCCUACACUGGUCUAGAGGCAGUAGAUCCAUGUCCAAACUUACAUGGAAAAGCCACCAGGGUAAAUGCAGUUCAUCCUGAAGGAACAGUAGCUGGGACCAGGGAAGCUCAUCCUCUGAGACAGAGUCUCCCUUGUUUAGGUUGACUUUCUGCCUGACUUCUCAGAAGACUGGAAGCACCAGCCUCUGCCCUCUUCAGAAGGGAGGCCCACCCUGUCUGUCCUUUCUAGGUUAUAUGAACUAUUCUGGAUCUUUCUCUCCUGUCUAAGACAAAGACGUCCCCUUUGCCAGGGCCCUGGAGUCUGCAGGAUCCUGACAUCCUGGCCACACUAAUAGUUCUGUCCCUCGUGUUCCUGCCCUGCCUUACAAACUGGAUCUCCCUUGUUUGGUUACUGUUCUUCCUUCAAGCCAGUGAAACCUCCUUCCCUCAGCCACCUGAGCAAAUACCAAGUCUGUACACAUUAGUAGUUAUGCCAAGGGUCAUUAGAUACUCAACAUGAUUACAUUUAUUGUCCCUGUGUCUGACGCAAAGACAUUUUUGCCCUUGGAGAAAGAUCCCUACAUCUGCAAUAGUCCCAGGUCUCUUCUUGUUUGAACCCAGAGAAAGUUUUCCAUCUCCUCAGAUAUUGCCCCAUUACUAAGACCUCCCAGAUGGGAGGACAGUCCAUCUUCUGAGGAGCCAUCUGUAUCUGGAGGGGUCACCAUUUAUUAAAGGGCCUUGAGACCUGUCCCAUACCCACCACAUACAAUUCAUUUAUGCACCAAACUCGGGCCAGGCUUUCAAGCAUGUGCCAGGCACCCACCAGACAUGAAUCACAUGUGUGCCGCAUGCACCAGACACACAUCAUGCCAGCGACAAACAUGCACCAGACUCCCAUAACCAGUGCCAUGCACGCACUAUGCCCGGGCAACCUGCAUGCAUCAGGCACCAACCAGUCAUGUACCAAACCCUCGCCAGAGAUGCAUCACACACCCACAAAACACAUUGUGCAGCGUCAGCCACCCAGCAUGCAUGCGCUAACGCACCAGAAACAUUGGGCCCUUGCCACAUGCAUGCGCCAAGCGCAUAUCAGACGUGCACCAGACAUUGUCCCACUUUAUUCAAAGCCAGUCCUCAGUCAACAUACCAGGUGAAUAUAGCAUGAGAUACUUGUGAAAUGAGAGUUCUUAUAAUCUUGGAAAACAACAAAUCUUUUAUUUUCAGCCACUCUAUCUUGGGAUGGCUUGUUACUAUAGCUUGUUACUGUGAGCUCAUACCCCUUAUGAAUGAAUUCAAUGAAUGGACAGUGAAUGAAUAGCAGAUGUGUGAUGUUCUUCUGUGCCUGGAAAAGUGAGUUCUCUGAGAACAAAGAACAAAGAACUUGUCUGCCUUGAAUGAGGAGCUUGUCUGCCUUGUUCUCUGGGACACCUCAAACCCAGGUGGGUGUUCCUGCCCCUUGUAGAGGCCCAGACCUGAGAGAGGAGUGAUUGGUGCUCAGUCUGUGGGGGCAUAGGAGUGGGCUGGUGCAUUUUCUCUCUCCCUUCCCUCCCCCCUCCUCUCUCUCCCUCCUCUCUCCCUUCCUCCUCUCUCUCCUCUCUUUUCUCUCCUCUCUCCUCUCAGUGGAGAGGGCAGGCACAAGGCAUGGGUGAGUAUACACCUUGGGAGGCCAGUCACAGGGCUGUAAGGGGUGUGUGCAC